GUAGUAGCGGUUCAUUGCAGCAGCAGCAGGAGCAGUGUGUGUGACUUGUGGACACCGAUGAAGGCUAUGCUAAACGAGAGGCUAUGGACAGACUAGCCGAGUGACCGCUGGAGCCGUGCGCACACUUGGAUCUUUGUUGUCACUCCAAACAUGGACGAACCGAAUAUUCUGAGACGCCGUGGACUUCAGAAGGAGCUGAGUCUUCCUCGCAGAGGGAACAUUUCCCGUAACAACAAGAGGAGGAGUUUGGCUACAGCGACCCCGUCUCCGACCCUGUCCAGACCUCUCUCACCUCUGCCCCUCUCCACAGCUGGCAGCAGUCCUUCAGAAAGUCCCAGGAAUGUCUCUGCCAGCUCAUCUGCCAACUUCCAAUUUGCCCGCAGCCAGCUGGCUCGCAAUGAAAGACCUGAUGGCAGGAGAUGGUCCGUGGCCUCCGUUCCUUCAUCUGGAUACUGCACCAACGCUCCCAGCUCUUCUGUUUCUUCAUCGUCAUCCCAGGAGCUUUUACACCAGCUGCCCUUCCAGCCCACACAGGACGACCUGCACUUCCUGUUUAAACACUUCCGCAGCACCGAGAGCGUGGCGGACGAGGACCCGUCCCACCCCUGUGUGCCCGCGCAGAGGGUCCGCUCCAGGAGUCUCAGCCCUGGCCGGACGUGUGGCUCCUUUGACAAUGAAAUCGUCAUGAUGAACCAUGUGUACAGAGAACGCUUUCCCAAGGCCACAGCUCAGAUGGAGGGCCGGCUCCUGGACAUCAUAGAGGAGUGCUCCCCUGGUUCUGCCCUGCCUCUGGCUGACGGGGUCCUGGGCUUCAUCCAGCACCAGCUGCUGGAGCUGGCCAGAGACUGUCUGGACAAAUCCCAGAACGGCCUGGUCACCUCCAGGUACUUCCUGGAGCUGCAGGAGAAGCUGGACAAGCUGCUGCAUGAGGCGUACGAGCGUUCUGAGAGUGAGGAGGUGUCCAUCAUCAUCAAACUGGUGAAGAAGAUUCUGAUGGUGAUCUCCAGACCUGCCCGCCUCCUCGAGUGUCUGGAGUUUGACCCAGAAGAGUUCUACCAGCGCCUCGAGGUGGCAGAGGGCCAGGCCAAAGUGGGUCACGUCAAAACUGAUAUACCCAAAUACAUCAUCAGCCAGCUGGGCCUGACUAGAGACCCACUGGAAGACAUGGUGCAGCUGGAGCAGACCAGUCCAGGGCACAGAGCCUCCAGCAGAGACUCUGAUGACAUUGGAGAGACUUCACCUUUACAGAGCCGGGCUGCCUGUACCCCCCCUCGCAGGAAACCUCUGGAGAGUGACUUCGAGACCAUUAAACUCAUCAGCAACGGCGCCUAUGGAGCUGUGUACAUGGUGCGCCACAAAGAAACCCGUCAGCGCUUCGCUAUGAAGAAGAUCAACCGUCAGAACCUGAUGCUGAGGAACCAGAUCCAGCAGGUGUUUGUGGAGAGGGACAUCCUGACCUUCGCUGAAAACCCCUUUGUGGUCUCCAUGUUCUGCUCCUUUGAGACCAGGAGGCACCUCUGCAUGGUCAUGGAGUAUGUGGAAGGUGGGGACUGUGCCAACCUGCUGAAGAACAUUGGCCCUCUGCCCGUGGACAUGGCGAGGAUGUACUUCGCCGAGACCGUUUUAGCUUUAGAAUAUCUGCAUAACUACGGCAUCGUCCACCGCGACCUCAAACCAGACAAUCUGUUGAUCACUUCCAUGGGACACAUAAAGCUGACGGACUUCGGUUUGUCAAAGAUCGGUCUGAUGAACAUGACCACCAACUUGUAUGAGGGCCACAUCGAGAAGGACACCAGAGAGUUCAUAGAUAAACAGGUGUGUGGGACCCCGGAGUAUAUCGCCCCAGAGGUGAUUCUGCGACAGGGCUAUGGGAAGCCCGUGGACUGGUGGGCCAUGGGCAUCAUUCUGUACGAGUUCCUGGUUGGGUGUGUGCCGUUCUUUGGGGACACUCCAGAAGAGCUGUUUGGACAAGUCGUGAACGAUGAGAUCAUUUGGCCCGACGAGGAGGAUGCCCUGCCCACUGAUGCCCAGGACCUGAUCACCAGACUGCUCAGACAGAACCCCAUGGAGCGACUGGGCACAGGUGGGACAGCAGAGGUGAAGAUGCACACAUUCUUCUUGGGUCUGGACUGGAAUGGGCUCCUCAGGCAGAAGGCAGAGUUCAUCCCUCAGCUGGAGACCGAUGAGGACACCAGCUACUUCGACACUCGGUCAGAUCGCUACUGUCACUUGGGCUCUGAUGAAGACGAUGAGACCAACGAUGAAGAUACGUCUCUGGAGCUCAGGCAGUUCUCCUCUGUGGCUCACCGCUUCAGCAAGGUGUACAGCAGCACGGAGCACCUGUCCACAUCCACCCCGUCCAAUCCAAGUCUGUCGUCCUCGGAGCGCAGCCACAGCGAGGAGAAGGAGGAGCGCUGGGAGGGCAACGUCAUACUGUCCCCGGAAUGUUACAAACACCUGGCAGCAGACAGGAGGGUGGAGGGACCCAGGGGCAGCCUGCGCCCUCGUGCGUCCUCCAGCUCGUCUCAGUCUGAGCGCAGUGCCAGUCCUUUAGUGAUGAACAGCACCCAGAGCCUGGACGUCAUGCCCCGCUUCGCCAUCUCCGCAGAGGAAGAGGACGGUGUGGUUUCAAACUUGCGUCGCAUCCGUCUCCGUAGUAACAGUACUGGCACACGUCCCUCAUUCAGGAGAGGGGCGUCACGGAGGAUCGCCCACCAGCUCGAAACACCAGAGAAACAGAAGCCCGCAGUGGGGAAGGUGCCCAAGUCCGCCUCUGUGUCCGGACUGUCUCUCAUCAUCACACCAGAUGAGUCCGGCGCUCCUCCCAGCAGCCCCAAAUCGUCCCUGUCUCUGUCGUCCAACCCCUCUUCCAGAGACUCCUCCCCUAGCAGAGACCUGUCCGUCACCGUGAGCUGUCUCCGCCCCCCCGUCGUCAUCCACAGUUCAGGAAAACGCUUCGGCUUCGCGCUCAGAGCCAUCAGAGUCUAUAUGGGAGACAGUGACGUGUACACUGUGCAUCACAUGGUCUGGUGUGUGGAGGAGGGCAGCCCAGCGCAUGAAGCAGGACUCAGAGCUGGAGACCUCAUCACUCACGUGAAUGGAGAGUCUGUGCAGGGCCUGGUGCACACAGAGGUGGUGGAGCUGCUGCUUAAGAGUGGAAACAGAGUGACCCUUCAGACCACAGCCCUGGAGAACACGUCCAUUAAAGUGGGCCCUGCACGGAAAGCCAGCUACAGAGCCAAGAUGGCACGAAGGAGCAAGAAGAGCAAGAGGAAGGACGGCCAGGACAGCAGACGGAGGAGCAUUCUGAAGAAGCUGUCGAAGCACACGCCCCCCGCCCCCCUCCACAGCAGCCGCAGCUUCUCCUCUGGCUUCCACCAGUCCUCCAGCGACAGCCUCUCCGGUUCCCCCACUCAGAGCCUCUCUCCUGGACCUUCCACGCCCUGUCGCUCCCCUGCCCCCGACCACUCUGGAGACUCCAGCUCCUCCCCCUGCUCCAGCUCACCCAACUCCCCCGUCCCCCAGGCGCGCCCCAGCUCCCUCCACGUCCUGGGGCGCUACACCAAGGCCGGCCGCUGCAAGUCCACCAGCAGCAUCCCCCCAUCCCCUCUGGCCUGCAUCCCCCCUCCCACCCAGCCCCUCCCCCAGUGCUCCCCGUCCUGCCUCCCCGCGCACCCCAAAUCCCUCCAGACCUUCCACGGCAAAACCCUGUCCCCGCCCACCAUCGCCCGCCACUCUGUCCGACCGAGAAGCGCCGAACCCCCGAGAUCUCCGCUCCUCAAGAGGGUCCAGUCUGCGGAGAAACUGACCGGAGACAAGAGCCACGAGAGGAAGGCGUACAGCACCAGACGCCACACUAUGGAAGUCCCGUUAUCCGAAAGCGAAGGGUUGGAAGACGGCGAACUGGAUACGGCGACCGGCUUCGUUUGCGUCGGUGAACACGGUCGUCAGGGUCUUUGCAUCGGCUCUCCGCGACUGGGAACGCACCAGGAAUCGCCACAGCACCGCAGUCAUUCCAAAGAAGUGGUAGUGAUGCGGAAGCUGGCCCUCUCCGAAAGAAGGGACUCGUUCAAGAAGCAGGAAGCCGUACAGGAAGUGAGUUUUGACGAUUUGGAAGAGAAGUCUCCGAGUCCGACCAUGCCUGGGACUCCUCCGAAGGGGUUCAAAGCGUCCUGGAUCAACAAUCAAGCGACUACUUCUACGCCUACACAACAGUCAAACUCAAACGCGAAGCAAGACGGGAAGCAGAGGGCGAAAUGUCAGAAAUAACUCAACAAAAUGGAGCUGUUCUCUACGACCUGCUACUGUUUAACUCUACAAAGGCCUUGCAUGUGUCCAAACCACACCCAGUUUCAACUCAACACAAGCGUCGAGAAUCGCAGUUAAAAUCUCGGAUUGAACAAUGACUGCCAAACGCCAGAUAGUUCUAGUUUUUGCUUGUUCACUCGGUUCAGAAAUCACUGUGGCAUCCAAUUUGUAAAUAGUCGUGUUUUUAAUGAAGAAACGUAUUUAAGCCUUUUUAUUGGUUUAGUGGUGAAGGCCUUGGAGACGCGUGUGGACUUUAGAAGCUGCACAAAGCUAUAGUGCGUGGACAGGUUUUCGUUUAGUUUCAGUGACUGUCUGGACUUUACAUUGUCGCGGGUUUGUCCAACUGUUGUGCAUUUUAGAUCCACGUUUAGAAUGAAGAGGGAUGAAGACUUGUGUGGUGCCAAAGAUCGAUUUCUUUUUUUUUUAAACUGUUGUAAGAGGUAUUGUCCUUGUACAUAUAUAAACCUUUGUGCAUGUUAGAUCUCGACAAUGCCAAACCACACGUGAAACUGCUAUGGGAAGUGUAGGAAUGAGAUUUCAAAUAUUCACUGCAUAAAACAAAGCCGUGCCAAGAACAUAUGAGAUGAAUAGAACUGUUCAAAUAAUUCUGUAGUCGAUUAAAGACAUUUAGUUGAAAGGAGGGCGUGGUAAAAGCUCUCAAAACUAUUAUGUAUCUCUGUGUGUCUGACCCAAACUGCACUCACAAGACCACACCUGCAGAGGGAGUUCAGAAUCACACUAAAGCUCAAAUUUUGUCUGUUAAUGUGAUUUUUUUUUUUGCAGGAUCGAUACAUGCUCAAAUCAAUCAGUAUCUCACUUUCUUUACAAAUUUAAAACUACAGCUUUUAUGCAGUGGUCUCUUCUCCUCUCCCUACAUUUCCCGUACAGGUGUAGACUCUCCCUGGUGCCCUCUUCUCUCUCUCCAUCUCUCUUCGUCUCUCUCUGUCUCAUGGAAGUAUAGUAAGAUCUGGAAGAUGAACCAAAACUGGGCUUUGUGUUGUUUUCAAUGCUCUGUGCUCACUGGCGCCAAUUCCCCUCCCCCAAAUGUUUCUCUUCCACAUAUAUUUCCUCAAUAUAGACUCGCUCCUUUCACCCGUGUGACAGAAAUGCGCACCAUGUGACCAGUUCUGACCAAUCAGAGCGAAGCUGCUAGAGCAGAGCCAGUGUGGGGUUAGUACAGUGCUUUUAGGCGCUUUAAGGAUGACGAUUUUUAAAAAUUCUAAAGUUCAUGUUAUGAAAAUAGAGAAGAAUCAGACUUUUGUGAAAGCUGUGAACGCCCUGAUUGCCUUAAAAAUGCUAAGCUGCUCUAAGGGGCAGUUCUUUCUGGGCCUGAGCUGCAGUACCAGGAGCGGCCACUAGUCGAUCUCCCCCCGGAACACAGAGCGAAUUUCUUAUCCGGUUCUUAUUAUAGAUCCAUGGUCUCUAUUUAUCUGUCUCUGUCUUUGGCCGUGUCUCAUUUCUCGUUCCUCACUUCUUUCUCCUUGAUUCUUCUCCUCGAUUCGAUCCUCCUUUUUUCAGCUGUCGAUCAAAUUUGUCAUAUUAAGUGGUGUCCCAAAGAAAACCACGGUGGAUGGAGUAAACAUGAGGGAGGCUUCAGCAGCAGACACCAGAUAAAAGAAUCAAACUUUACUGGUCUCAGUGAGGAGUUUAGAUCCUCUCUCCUCCCCGCGUCUCCUCUGUGGGCGGGACUUCCUCACCCAUUUCCUGCAGAAUCAAGGAGCGAGGAAACCGUACUGAGACGCGGCCUUCUCUCUCUUUCUCCGUCUGUCUCUCUUUGUCUCUCUUCUCUCCUCAUUGCUCAUCCCUCCGUCCGACUCCUAACUUGCAGUCUAGCUCUCGUCGUAUCGUGCCUGUCCAGCUGUUAACCCUCCUCUGUACAGUACGUGACUAACCGCCUCCCUUGGCUGUUCAACUGUUUACAUAUAGAGUGUUUGAGUGUGUCAUUUUUGUUAAAUUAUUCUUUGGAGGAAAAAAAAAAAAAAAGGUUGACCGAGAAUGAAGAAUUUGAACCAGAAGCCUUGAGUGUAUGUAGAAACGAGCUGGUGGAAGUGUCAUUUUUGUAUAUUUUGAUAUUGAAAAUGUCAUGUUGCAAUACUAAUCUCUUCAGCUGUCGGUGUGUAGUUCAAACUGCGUUGGACCUUAUGGUGGACAGCUUUGUGUAUUUUUAUUAAACCCAAAAUAGAGCUGAAAUGCCCAAGUGAAAACUCUAACAAUGUCAAUUAAAACUUUUAUAUUUUUUUUCCAUUUUAAAGAUGCACUGCGUAACUUUUAAGGUCCACAAACUGCUCAUCUCUGUGUUGACGUUCUUGCUUUCUCUGGAAUGUUCCACAGUACGGCAUUAACUGUUUCCAUCAAGUUUCUCUCCAAUCUAUAUGAGUUCUUGCUGAGCGCCUGCUUGCCUCUCCACAGAUCUGACCUGUAACUUGGCCUUGUGGCACUGUCUCCUUGUUGUCAUGUAAAUAAGUUUAAUGCCAUACAGUGGAACAUUCUAGGAAAACAAUAAAAUCAUGUCAAACUGGUGUAGCGGAACUUUAACCAAAAAAAGUGACGUACUGCAUCUUUAAGAAAUGACCUGGGUGCUAAUUAAUGAUUACUGACUAUGAACUGCUUAGAAAACAUCUGACCUAUGAUACUGUACUGAUACUUUGCAGUGCCAUUUCUCUGGGAGGUUCUACAUGCAUGUGUCUGUGGUGGAAUGUUCAGCAGUUGCCAUGGUGACACAAUGCACGUAUUCGCAAACACUGCUAAAAAAAUGUAAAUGAAUCUGAAAAAACUCAAAAUGGAUUGAAACAAAACAUUUUCAGGAGCUUGUGAUCAGUCCGAGCAUAUAUGAUCCAGUUUUUUUUUGUUUUUUUUUCAACGAAACGGUGAGAGCGACUAACUGAAAAACUGUUGGCUUGUAACUGUAACGUUAUUUGAGAAGGAUUUGUUUAACAGCACAAAUCAGCUCACCUGUCAUAGUUCCAACGAAAUCAACCGUUUCUGGUCAGAUUGUGUUAAAACAAAACUCAACCUAAGUCUAACUUGAUUACCAGACCUUCAGACAGAGCAGUGCCUACAGUUAUCACCAUCCCGAAAGCUGCAAAGUAUCAAUCUAGCUACAGCACAGUUCUUAAUCCUUUAUAUAAUGACCCGUGAAUUAAAGAAAGUGUAUAUUGCGUGAUGUGCUUAGGUUGUGACGGGCCGUUGUCCCUCUCCUGACCGUGUCCUGACAGAAGGCCUCAGAGUGUCCUGCCGUGUGAUGGUGAAGACUGAUGUUUGUUUUUAUAUUGUCUUAACAGUGCUUGAAUAAACACAUGCUACAGUGGACAGUAAGAUCCACAACUCAAGA